AUGAGUAGUUUUUCAGUUAUCUGUUUAUUUGUUGCUCUGUUUACGGCGUCUCAGGCAACCGAGAUUUCGCGGGGGUAUUCUGCAAAGCUGGAAUUUGAUGAUGUUAAGUCAAGUAACGAACUUUUAGGAGAACACAAAGCUCAGUCUUUGUGUGCUUGCUCUGCUAUGUGUCAAAAGAACUGUGGCCUAUUUGGAUACAAUCCUAACUUGAUGAGCUGUCGUACCCACAAGAAGAUCUUUACAUCUGAAAUGUCUAAUGAGACAGGUUGGAGAUACUAUUCACAUCACUUUUCUCCCUUCGAUUGCAAGGACCUUCUUGAAAAUGGACAAACUAGUUCUGGAGUGUACGCCAUUUAUCCUUAUGGAACUGGAUCCCUUCCUGUCAAUGCUUACUGCGACAUGGAAAUAGAGGGCGGAGGGUGGACGGCAAUCCAAAAAAGAGUAGAUGGAUCAAUAAGAUUUGACAGGAACUGGACAGAAUACAAGAAUGGAUUUGGUGACCCGGAACGGGAUGUCUGGAUAGGGAAUGACGUAAUCCAUCAGUUAACAAGGGGAAAGAACUCAUCCCUCUAUGUCUCCAUCAAAUUAUCGCAGGGUGGGUAUCGGCAACUGUACGAGUUGUACGAAAGGUUUUCUAUUUCCAACGAAUCAGAAAAAUAUAAACUUUUUCUGGGGGGAAAUGCGACGGGAACCUUAGGUGAAAGUAUGAUAAAUACGGGGAAUCCUUACCACAAUCUCUCGGGGAUGUACUUUACUACUCUGGACAGCGACAAUGAUGAGUGGAGCGCCGGAAAUUGUGCCAGUGGAGGUUGGUGGUUCAACUCCUGUCACCUGGCCUUCCUUAAUGGUUUCUGGCGUUUUAAAGGCUGGCAGUACCCUUGGUAUCCUCACGUUAAUGAUGGAAGGUAUGUGACGGAGACCAUGAUGCUGAUCAAACGUCACUAG